CAGAGAAACCGGCCAAGUGAAGCGGUGUGAGCCCAGCUCUGUGCAGCCGGGAGCUCUCUGGUCAUGCCUGCUGUGAUUUAGGCAUCAGGAUGUCCUACAAAGUGAACUACUCUCCUCUGCUGCGUGCACACACUCCGCCGCCUCCUCGGCCAUGCCAUAAAGUGUGUGACGUAGCCUACAGCCCCGGUAUGAAAGGGCAAACUCUGCUGGGUGAGACAGACAGUGCAGUGCUGUGUGGCUCGGGCCCACCUGAUGACGGCGUCCCGCCUCUGAAAGCUGACCAGUGGCCGGACGGUGCAGAGGAAACCUCGGGGAUGGAGAGGUUGCUGAGGAAGUGUCAGAUCAGAAACCAGCUGGUCAGGGAGUGUUUGGCCGAGUGCCUCGGAGUCUACGUCCUGAUUCUGUUUGGAUGUGGCUCCGCCGCCCAGGUGACCACGAGCCAGGAGAAGAACGGGCAGUACCUGUCGAUCAACCUGGGCUUUGCCCUGGGAGUGACGUUUGGGGUGUUUGUGUCCCGCGGAGUCUCAGGAGCCCAUCUGAACCCGGCUGUGUCUCUGAGCUUGUGUGCGUUGGGAAGACACCCCUGGGUGAAGCUGCCGUUCUACGUCUUCUUCCAGGUGCUGGGAGCCUUUCUGGCAGCAGCUACCGUUGGUCUGCAGUACUAUGAUGCCAUCCGGGCGUACGGUGGAGGUGAGCUGACGGUGACUGGUCCCACCGCCACAGCCGGCAUAUUCUCCACCUACCCAGCUGCCUACCUCAGUGUGUGGGGAGGAGUCGUGGACCAGGUGAUCGGCACGGCGGCCCUGCUGAUGUGUGUCCUGGCUCUCGGGGACCAGAGGAACAGUCCCCUCCCUGAUGGUCUCCAGCCGGUUCUGGUGGGAGCGGCGGUGCUGGUGAUCGGCGUCUCCAUGGGCUCCAACAGCGGCUACGCCCUGAACCCGGCCAGGGAUUUGGGACCUCGACUGUUCACAUACAUCGCCGGCUGGGGAGUGGAUGUUUUUAAGGCCGGAGGUGGCUGGUGGUGGGUGCCCAUAGUGGGCCCCUGUGUCGGGGCGCUGCUCGGGACGCUGAUCUACAUGCUGAUGGUUGAAGUGCACCACCCCAGCCUGUCUGAGCUCCAGACAUCAUGUCAGGAGGCUACUGAGAAGGCGGGGGUGGAGCUGGAAGGGGUGGAGCCGGACUGUGUCAAGCCCAGCACUAAAAUGUAGUGAGAAUGUUAAAGAAACUGUCAUUAUACAUUAAAGGUUAUCGAUGUGUGCUUUCCUCUGA